GGAUCUUUGGAGGCGAUGGCAACAGGACUGUACGGCAACGUCAAGUUACUAUUUGUCUAUGUUGCCUUCUUCAUUGUAGAUUCUCGCAUGGGAAGACGACAAGCUCUCCUUAUCAGCUCCCUUAUCACGGCUGUUGCUUUCAAUACCCUUGGUAUCCUUCUCAGCCAGUCUGAUGAUAUUACCAACGAUGCCAUAGGCAUUAGGCAAAUUAUGGCUAUCUUAAUGCUAUACUUAUUUGCUAUCGGGUUUGAAAUCGGUUGGGGACCGGCUGUAUGGAUCAUUUGCAGUGAAAUAUACCCAGACAAUAUCAGAGCUGUCUGCAUGUCGCUCACCACGACCAUCAACUUUGUCACCCUUGCCAUCAUGUCCAAGAUGACUCCCUUAAUGCUAGAACAAAUAGGAUGGAAAACAGAAAUGGUUUUUGGAGGUAUUUCCAUCGGUAUCGGCAUAUUUGUGUUUUGCUUUCUGCCUGAGACCCAAGGCCUGAGUUUGGAACAUAUGACAGAGGCGUUCCAAGGUAACAUACUAGUUUUCCGUAAAAGCGAAAGCGGAGCAUCUAAGAACACCAUGUCGUUAGCCUCUGCUAUUGAAGCACAGUUUCCUAGAGAAAAAGCUCCGUCUGUAAGAGGAUAGUGUAAAAUCGUAACACAUAACCCAAAAUCCACCGAGUGCAUCAUCAUUUGUCUCAUUUCGUGUUUCCUUUUUUUUUUUUUUGGGCCGCCCCAACUUCUUGACU